AUGGUUGAAAGGCUGACGCCCAUUUUGAAGAAGAAUGACACAAAAAUGCAGAUUGCACAAGAGGUAGGACUCAAGUUGGUGGUCACUCUCCGCUACCUGGCAAGUGGGAACGACUAUACAAGUCUCCAAUACAGCUUCAGAGUCUCCAAGAGUUCCAUAUGCUUGUUUAUCUCAUUAGUCUGCCAAGCCAUUAUCGACACAUACAUACCAGAAGUGAUGAAGUGCCCCAAGACAGCAGAAGAAUGGAACGACAUAGCAAAACGAUUCGCCUCAAAGUGGAACUACUUCAAUUGUGUGGGAGCCCUGGAUGGGAAGCAUGUCGCAAUCAAGAAACCCAAAGGUGGAGGAUCACUGUCCUUCAAUUACAAGAAGUUCCACAGCAUCAUCCCCAUGGCUCUCUCUGAUGCAAAAUACAGGUUCCUGUUCGUCGACGUCGGUGCAGAAGGAGGUGCUGGGGAUGGGGGAACCUGGCAGAAGUGCUACCUGGCCAGGGCGAUCACAUACAAUCGAGCAGGACUCCCACAAUACAGAAAUCUGCCCAACGAUGACUAA